UCCCCCACUCCUAUGUGUAGAAAAGUGGCAUUCCACACUUGCACGCUACGCUUCUCUUGUUACCACGUCUUCGCAAAUUUCAGUUUUCUUAUUAUUUUUUUGCGGUUAAGUGAUGGACUACGAUUUCAGGACCAGGCCUCCACCCUACGACCCGCCGGCGACCCCACCGACGUACGCUCCUCCGCCGUCGUACCCGAAGAUCGGUGGCCCGCACGGCCACUCCGUCGCCCGGUCGUCAAACCACCACCGCCAGACAUCUGCUCCUUCCUCUUCUCCGGGAAUGGGCAUUAGGAUUUUCAUAAAGCCUGAAUAUAGGAUCACUCCGCCUCCUCAUUUAUCAUCUCAUUCUGGAGAUAUUCCACACAGCAACUUCCAAUUUGAUUUUGGAUUGGAGAGAAAAAUUCUUGCUGAAGCAAAUAAGGAAAACCCGAAUUGGAGCAAGUUUGGGAUGGAAAAUCUGCCAACUAAGGUUACCGAAUCAGCAUCACCAAAGGUUUCUGUUUCAGAUCCAAUCGUGAGCAAAUAUAUUUCCAUGGGGCUCAGCCGAGAGGCUGUUCUCAUUGCUAUUGCAAAGUAUGGUGAUAAUCCGACCAAGGAAUUUGUCAAUGGCUAUACCCUUCUGCGUGAAAUGGGAUUUUCAUCAACCAGUGUUGCUGAAGCCUUGGUUAUGCAUGAUAAUGAUACGGACAAAGCACUAGCACAUUUCCUUAACGGCUAAUCAUGAGAAUCGUGAAGCAUAGGUAUCAUUUAUUGAUAGAUAAUUGAUUGGUGCCUUUGUACAAUUAUAAAUACUAGUCAAAUAUGGGGGAUAUGAGCAAUCUGUUAUCGUCUAUAAGGCUGCUCCUAUUGUUAUAGUUGUGGGAGACAGGGAAUUUGAAGAGAUUGUGUGUUUGAAUAGAGAACAAAUAGAACCUAUUAUAAAUAUUGUAAUAUUGUACUAUGGGUUUCUCUUUUCUCAUUUCACA